AUUUGCAAGAGUCCUGCUCCAAAGAGAAAAUGAAUAGCCAAUAUAUGCGUCAUGAGGUGCGGGGCUGUGAAACCAGUGACCUGAGGAACUUCUGGGAAAAGACCAUCGAACAACAAACUCAGUACCUGCAAAACGAAAAGGAACGUCAGCGAAGAAGCGCUCUGACAAAGCUCAGAAAUGAAUGGAUGGAGAGGCUGGAAAAACGGAUAAAGAUGUUGAGGACCCAAUCUGAAGACUCAUCCAGCUGA